GAGCGGAGCGCCUGUGGGAACGGAGAAGAGCAGCGGGGUCUGAGGCGCGCGCGCGGAGGCGGAGGAAGGUAGGCAGGAUAGGUUGGUUGGUUGGCUCGGUCAGCCGUUCCCUCCGCCCUCCCGCGGAGAAGAGGGCCCGGUGGAAAAGAUGAUUGAAGAAAGUGGAAAGAGGAGGAGGACAAUGGCAGAGAAAAGACAGCUCUUCAUGGAAAUGAGGGCUCAGAAUUUUGAUGUCAUCCGACUGUCAACAUAUCGGACUGCCUGCAAACUCAGAUUUGUGCAAAAAAGAUGUAAUUUACAUCUUGUGGAUAUCUGGAAUAUGAUUGAAGCCUUCAGAGAUAAUGGCCUUAACACAUUGGACCAUAAUACAGAGAUCAAUGUAUCUCGACUAGAAACUAUCAUUUCUUCCAUUUACUAUCAGCUGAAUAAACGCCUUCCAUCUACUCACCAGAUCAGUGUGGAGCAAUCCAUCAGCCUUCUCCUCAACUUCAUGAUAGCAGCAUAUGAUAGUGAAGGUCAUGGAAAAUUGACAGUGUUUUCCAUAAAGGCAAUGAUGGCAACUAUGUGUGGUGGAAAAAUUCUGGACAAGUUAAGAUAUAGUUUCUCUCAAAUGUCAGAUUCCAAUGGACUGAUGAUAUUUUCAAAAUUUGACCAGUUUCUAAGAGAAAUUCUGAAACUUCCUACAGCUAUUUUUGAAGGGCCUUCUUUUGGAUACACAGAAAACUCUGUGCGAACAUGUUUUCCUCAGCAGAAAAAAGUAACAUUAAACAUGUUUUUAGACACCUUAAUGGCUGACCCUCCACCCCAGUGCCUUGUGUGGCUACCUCUGAUGCAUAGACUUGCCCAUGUUGAAAAUGUCUUCCAUCCUGUGGAAUGUUCUUACUGCCGGUGUGAGAGCAUGAUGGGCUUCCGAUACCGAUGCCAGCAGUGCCACAACUAUCAGCUCUGUCAAAACUGUUUUUGGCGUGGCCAUGCAAAUGGCCCUCACAGCAACCAGCAUCAAAUGAAAGAGCAUUCCUCUUGGAAAUCGCCUGCCAAGAAGCUGAGCCAUGCCAUUAGUAAAUCUCUUGGUUGUGUACCCACUAGAGAUCCUCCUCACCCUGUAUAUCCGGAACAGCCAGAGAAGCCCCUUGACCUUGCCCAUAUAGUCCCUUCUCGGCCUCUCGUUAACAUGAAUGAUGCCAUGGUUACCCAUGUGUCCUCCGGAGCCCCCACGCCAACAAAAAGGUUGCAGCAAAGCCUCACCCCCUCCGAUGGGCUCAGUGAUGAGCAUGUGCUGAUAGCAGCCUAUGUGAGCCAGCUACAAAGCAGCACACGCAGUGUCCUGGACAGUCCUAGCAGACUGGAUGAAGAACAUCGGUUAAUUGCUCGGUAUGCUGCCAGGUUAGCUGCUGAAGCUGGAAAUGUGACACGGCCACCAAUAGAUCUGGGGUUCAAUUUUGAUGCCAACAAACAGCAGAGGCAACUGAUAGCAGAACUGGAAAACAAGAACAGAGAAAUACUGCAAGAAAUUCAACGCCUCAGACUGGAACAUGAACAGGCUUCCCAGCCAACACCUGAAAAAGCCCAGCAGAAUCCAACUUUACUGGCUGAAUUAAGGCUAUUGCGGCAAAGGAAAGAUGAAUUGGAACAACGAAUGUCUGCUCUUCAGGAAAGCCGAAGGGAACUGAUGGUACAACUGGAAGGACUCAUGAAGCUGCUCAAGGAAGAAGAACAAAAACAGGCAGCUCAGGCAGCUGGUUCUCCACAUACUUCCCCCACCCAUGGAGCUGGCCGCUCUAUGCCAAUGCCAGUCAGGUCCACGUCUGCUGGUUCUACCCCAACUCAUGUACCCCAAGAUUCACUUACUGGUGUUGGUGGAGACGUCCAGGAAGCAUUUGCACAAGGAACUCGACGGAACCUCCGUAAUGAUUUGCUGGUAGCAGCUGAUUCAAUUACCAAUACAAUGUCGUAUUUGGUGAAGGAGCUUCAUUCAGGGGGAGAGGAAGGAGGUGAGGAGGAGGAAGAGGAGGACAAGAUGCAGAAUGGGAAGGACCGAGGUUAAAUAAAAAAAAUCUGGACCAGACAGAGGUUUAAGUAACAAGGUGUGAGCUCCUAUUCUAAAGAUGUCUCCACAUCCUUCAGAAGAGGCAUGAUCCAACUGAUACAUCCACCAUUGUGAAGCUGUGACUAACACAACAAUUGCAGGGGAGCAAUCUUCUUCCAACAGACACAAUGGCUUUUCUGGGGGGAGGGCAGGGCAGGGCAGGGCAGGGGCAUCUCCUUAAAUUUGCAUGUCCUAUUUCUGUAGGUGUUCAGUGCUAACUGGACAGAGCCUCAUCUCUGUUUCAAUGAGAAAGCUUUUUGAAUAAUGGCUUCUGAAAAUGCAAGCCGCCUUCCUGUGAAUUGUCCCCAUUCCCUACCUGGGCUUCAUUGUUCACACCUUAUCAUGCUCUGGCAGUUACAUUUGUGAUCUUCAAGUCCCCCAUGAGCAGACUUGCAACCAGCUGAAUUUCUUCGCCAAGUAACAGAGAUGAAGGCUGGCUGUGGAUUCUGAUGUGGCGGCAGCCCCUCUUGCCUUUUCAGAAUGCUGUUUUUGUCUGUGAAUGGCAGGUUGCUUGGGUUGUUUGUGAAUGCAUGUCACACAGUGCCGGUGAGACAGAUGGUGGUGCUGCCAGGAGGCAACUGACUUGGGUACCAUUAAAGAUAGUUUAGUGGUAAAUGGAUAGGUCUGGCCGACAAGGUCAAUCCAGCUGGAGAUUUCUCUCUGUCAGCCCUAUCAAAACAAAUGAGAGCACCACUAGAGCAUUAUCUCUACCAUGCCCUGUGCAGCUGGCUUGUUUCAGUGAGGAUGGUAUCGAGUUAUGACUUGGUAGGUUGUGCCCUCAGUUUCACUUAUGAAAUGGGCAUUAAAAUGAGGAUUUUCACCAUGAGCAGUCUAGUGGAUUUUACACCAGUCCUGAUGUCAGGAGAAGGAUGGGAGAAAGGUCCAGCAUGUGGCAGCUACCUUUAGAGAAUUCUCAGAACAGGUAGCUUUCUGGUUGUUGCCUUAUAGGAUGGCUUAGUGGAAGAAAGCUGCUUUAAGCAAAUACUGCUAUCACCCAAUGCCCUUUCCAACAUCAAAUGCCAGUCAGUCUGCUGUUCUGGUGGCUGAGAAACCUUCUCCUUCCCUUCUAUCCGUAAGUGAUUCCCUUUUUCUUUCAGAAGCUUGCUCUGAGGGAAAUGUGGAGUAGCCUUGGAGUGAACUCUGACUGAGCUGGCUGGGUGUAUUGGUUCUCCAGGGAGCAGGCUUACAAUUUCCAUAUUGCCUUUUAGGGUUAAGAGAAAGUCAUGCACAAAUAUUCAACUGAUUGUUUUUGAAGAUCUGAAACUCCAGUUGUAGGACCAAGAGCUAUUUGUACAGUCAUAUAGGACGUUCUACAUCUGUCCUAUUUUGUUGGUUCAGAUUAGGUAAAUGAAGUGCUGCUUAGCCUUUGUAUUAUAAAUAGUUGCCUGUAGCUAUAAAAAUACACACAGACAAAUAUCCAAAGCUGGGAUUAUUGUGGCCACAGCAAAACCUACAGUCAGAAAUUGGAGGAUUUUUAACCAUUUUGUUUAACCAUUUUACCAAUGCAAGGCAUAUCUGAUUGGGACCAGAGGUUCUCCAAUUCAGCGAUCAUAUUUAGGUUCCUCUGUCAUGACUUGCCUCCAUCAUGUAUAGCAGAUGAGCAGAAAAACUUAACUAAACCUAGUGGAUGUCAAUAGUGAACCAUUUACGUAGAGUUGCAAGGAAAACUAUUUAGAAAUUUACAUAGUCACCAAGAAUUAAGUCAAUUCCAGAGGCUGUUUACCUUAUUGAAAGUACACAAUCAUUACCAUAAUUCGUCUACUUGUCAGAAUCAAAAAUCUGCCUGUAGAUCCUGUUCUGUCUUCUGCCCAAUCCUGAAGUACAUGACAGCAUAUAAUCUUUGCUUAAAAUUAUUUCCAUCUCCUGCCAUUCUAGAAACCGUGAGGUCAUGCUGGAUGAGAUGGUUUGCUAGAUUUCACAGGUGGUCCUCUAUGCACCAAGGUGCCAACUUCAGGAGUUAGGAACAGCAGCUUUCAACCAACCUCAAAUUGCCCUGCUUGUCUUUUGCAGCUGAAAAGGCCUGGCAUUUUAAAGCUUCUCUUCCUGCUGUCAGCUACCUCCAGAGACCAACUCUCAUGCGGUUGUAUCUCUGCCCUUUCUUGCAAUCCAGUCCAGGAGGAGAUUAUAACACAAAAGCUCAUUUCUGCAUGAAAUUCCAGGAUCGGCGGUUCAGGCGGUGAUAAGACAAAUGAGAGGUACCUACCCUGCACUUCUGUCAGUGCCAUGUGUUUGGCUCACUUUAUCCUCAACACAAUGUAUAUUUUUUAGCCUACAGAGUAAUUAACAUAUGCUUCAUAUUACUGGAAUUGAAGGGCUUCUGGGUAUACUUUAAGACAGUUUCUAAGCUGUCCUGACAGGCUGAGGUACAUAGAGGAGCUAAUAACUCAUCCUUCCAUCUGUAUUCCCCAAGAGCUAAGGAAGUACUUCCUUUUUCCAAACUGCCCUUCACCUGUAAUACUUGGGCUUGGGAGACAGGUAUAUUACUAAGCUGUUGGCCAAAGUUCAACAGCCACAAAGUCCUGAGGGAAGCAAUGUCAAAUUGAACUGGGUUCCUUCUCUUAUACAAUGAAGAAUGCCCCUGAACACAUAUAAAGUUCAUCUGAGGAUCCUGCGUGGUUCUGAAUUGCAUCUCCGACCUAGUUGAAAAGAGAAAUCAUGAAAAAAAACAUAUUAUUUGGCAAGAAAAAGACAAAAUAAGGGGUCAAGUUCUUUCUCUGCCAUCCAUUGCUAAAGAACAUCUUGGCAAUUAUAUUACUGAAGCUGAAGAUGUGCCCAAGACUACUGGUUUAGCUAGCUGGUCCCCCAGAGAAUUUGGCUUUGCUACUCCAGCUGCCCCAUGCAUGCUUGCCAAACCUUCUGGCUCGCUCUCUUCUCUAGGUGUGAACUCUUGCAAUUCAGGCAAAACAUUUUUGGCUGCUGGGAUUUGGCAACGAGAGGAAUCUAUUCCAAAGCAUUUUGCAAUAUGCUUUUCAAUAUGGUGAAUGUGCCUUUGAAAGCCAGGAGACAGAAAGAUCUCCCAACUGCAGUUGAAAAAGAUCUGCUCUCAGGGCCUGUGUGCAGGGUUUGGUGCUGUCUAAUAUUUUUGGUUGGAAGACAAAACCCAGUCAUCUGUUUUUCAAAAUGUAUUCAGUUGCUGUUUUCACAGAGAUCCAAUGAAGUUGAAAACCUAGCUAUACUUAGACUAUGUUCACAUGACAUACUAAUCACAAACAGGCUUUGUGAUUAAUUUAUAUUUCAAUGUAUUGUGUGAGCUCAAAAAAAUGGGUAAUUGAAUAAACUAUGUUUCAGCUAACCAUGGAUGAAUAUUUUGUAACCAAAAUGUGUUGCUGUAGGGGUGGAAAUUUUUCACUGUAUCAAAAGUCAUUUCUUUUGAAUCUACCUUGUGGUUUUGAAGUAUGUUGGCCAAGAAAAACCUACAAUAUAUGGCUAUUGGCUUAUGAGUAGAGUCAGGCAAGAUUGUGAGGCUGGAGUCAGAUCUAAAGAUGGCUUGUGAAGAAGAAACAGAGGGGCGUCCAUCUUUUGUCUACUUGGUGCAGUAUGGCGCUAGAAGCAGGAACAAUGCAGGCACUGAGUCACAUGAUAGGAAGAUGGGUGGCAUGUAAAUAUAAUUAUGGUGAGCCUCCUUUUUCAGAAGUCACCAAGUGGUGCUGCUGCCAUUGGGGAAGACCAACAUUUUAGAUCCAUUGUGCACAUCUGGCUCACAAUGCUGAGGCAGUAGCUUCUUCACAUACGGUGGGUGGCAUCAGUGUGGUAAAAUAAAUUGCCUCCAAAAAGAAAGCAGUAAAGCUUCUCUGAGGGUUCAGCUAGGAUGGCUAGCAUUUAGAACAGAAUUUAGUCUGAUCCUGAUAGAGAAAGGACAGAGCAGGAGCAGAGGACAUGAGGUUUUCUGGAGUCCCUGCUUUCCUGAGUACCUUCUGUUUAUGUCAUGUUUCGAAUUGGUUUUAGUAUUGGGGUAUUACAGUAUUGGGGGAAGGGGAAAACAGAGCACUGAAUGAAGCAAAAGAUAACCAAAAAGAGGGAGUUUUGACCUAGGGGUCUAGAGCAUUCCAAGAUAUUAUAAAGGUACGGGAUACCUGUCCCCACACGAGAGUUUGCAUAGAGAUGUUAAACAUGGAAAAGGAUUGUUAACAUAAUUGAACUUUCCUCAAAAUAGAUAUGUAUUUAAAAUAUUUUAGUAACAAAAGGGGCCAGUGUGUCUGCUCUUGUUCACCUUCGGAGAAGAGCGGCAUAUAAAUUGAACUAAUUAAAUUAAAUUUAAUUAAAUUAAUUCUCUCUCUGUCCCUCUCUCUCUGUCUCUCUCUCUGUCUCUCUGUCUCAUUCACACACAUACACAAAUGGCAAAGUUUUAUUUCUUUGAUUGGUCCACAAAUAGUCCCUAAAAACCAGCUCCUUGGAGAAAGGAACUGAGAAGAGAAUUUGGUUUUGAUUAUCAGAAUUGUAGAACAGCCAGGUGUGAAUUCUUGAUGAGCUGUCCAUCAUCCUCAUUCCUUUAUGUCCAAGUAAUUUGGUGUGUAGGUAGAGGGCACUUUGGUAGGUAUGAACAAAUAUGAAUGACCAGAAAAGAUGAGCAGACGUAGCAGGAUUCUUGAGGCAACGGCUUUGAUAGAGCUCUGGGACAGCAUGGGGCCCCAGCUGAGGGGCUUUGCUGUUCCUAUUUUCUGGGUGACUUGUCUUGCAGUUGUGGGAGAGGGCAGUGGAUAUGCCAGCCCAGAUUAAAAUGAAACAGACUUCUGGCUGGCCACAUAGACUCAUAGUUCAGAAAGAUUUUGCUCUGCAUACAGAAAUUAGGUUCCUUUGGGAAAGCUGCUGCUCCUCCUCUUUAGUGUUCUUCAAAAGGACCAAUUCUCUUCCUCAGGACAUCCUGAAAGGGACAGGGAAGAACCUGCAGCUGUUGGCACAUGUCUGGGAAUCAGCAGGCAGGAAUUAAAGAUUUGCUGUGAUCAUACAACACACUUAGUUUGAUUACUGAAUUUUUGAUAAUUCAUCCAGUCCCAUUUUCUAAGUUCAUUCAAUAUGUUGACCCUAGACUAGUGCCAUGCUAAACCAUAUAAACAAAACUAAAAUAAUGUGGCUUCACGUGUGCAAAUGCAGCUGCUGGGUCUUUGAUCUGGUGUGUGAAUACAGCCAUGAUGUGUCUAGGCAUCUAAGUGAAGCUGUGAUUGAGAUAAGACAUGCUAGCAGCUAGGCCAAACAGGAGGCAGAACAAAUAAUUCUUCCACAUGGAAACUAAAGGCAAGACAGCCAAUAUUCUCCCUGGGAUGCAAAGAAGAUGCUGGAACAAAGCUUCCUCCCACCAUUAUUCCUAGACAGGGUGGAUUUUAUUUAAAUCAUGAUUUAAAUCACUAGUAAAAAGGCUUGAUUUAAAUCAACUUGAUUUAAAUCAUAAUUUUUAAAGAGCAACUGUCAUCUCUGCUACUCCUUUAACCCACUGUUGACUCACCGAUAGUCCCAGUGUUGCAGAAUAUACAGCCUCAUGCUACAUAACUAAGCUCCAUUUCAUGCUGAAUAAACUAAAUUAUUUAUGUAUCUUAAAUAGAAAACUAUCUUACAAUAGAUUUUUACCCCAAAAGAUUUUAUUAAAAUAAAUUCGAUAAAAAUCAAAAAAAUCCGAUUUAAAUCCUAUUUAAAUCAAAAAAAUCUGAUUUUUUUGAUUUUUUAAAAAAAUCAUUGAUUUUUAUCCACCCUGUUCCUAGAUGCUUUCAACUGAAUAGAAUAGAAUAACAAGAGUUGGAAGGGAGCUUGGAGGUCUUCUAGUCCAACCCCCUGCUUAGGCAGGAAACCCUACACCACUUCAGGCAAAUUGGUUUGGCCCUUGCUGAUUAUGGCUUGCCACUGCUACAGUUUGACCACAUUAUCGCUAGGGUAGGUAUGAUACUGUACAAAGAUAUGGAAGGCAAGUCAACUAUGCUGAUUGUUACCAAGAUGCAGUGGAGGAUUGUGUUUCCCUGUUGAGAGAGAAAAAAGGAAGCAGAAUUUCUCUAGAAAUUAUGAUGUGGAGAGCAAGGAAAUUGUGCACUGUGUAUGUGUGAAUGUAUGCAUUUUCUUUUUGAUACAUCCUGGAUCUCAAACAAUACUAGUUCUACCACUGACAAUUAAUACUUUUUUGUCUACUACGCAGCCCACCAAAAGCUAAGCUUGGUACAAUGAGAACCAAUGUGAGGAUGAAUGUAAUAAUUCCAGUUUACAACUGUAUUCCCACUCGUGCAUGGGCGAAUGUGUAUAUGUGUGAGAGAAUUCCUGAAUGUGUGAAUGCAAAUGUUUUCACUAAAGUUUGUUAAAAAUAUAUGGGAGAUCCUGUACAUGUUGGGAACAAGUCUAAUAGAAAGCUGUAAACUAGAAGCCAUGUUUUCUCAUCUGCCAAAUAUUUAAUAAAUGAGUCUUAUCCAUC